UCCCUUUUCCCAUAUCCCCAGUAUUUGAAAUAAAGGGUUUUAAGUAGGGACACUUAAGGAAGCACCCACGAUCCUACAAAGCAGUUACCUUUACAGCAGUUUCGGAGGUGGUUUGGUGGGACUGCUGGUAGGCCACUUGAGAUUUUGACUCCUGGGAAAAAGGUCCUAAUCCAAAGAGGGCUAAUGCUGGGGCAGGAAAAUUAGCAUGUGAGGGGGGGCAGUCUCCGCCGAGAGGGCGGGAGCUGGAGGCCGGUGGCUGGGAUUGGCUGGCGGAGGGGCGGAGGGGGCGGAGGAGGGGCUACUGGGAGGAAGACUGCAUGGCCAUGGCUGCAGCCUCCCGCGCCCGUGUCACCCACUUGCUGAGGCAACUGCAGCGAGCAGCAUGCCAGUGCCCAACUCAUUCUCAUACUUACUCCCAAGCUCCUGGAUUUGCACCUUCUGGGAAAACAACAGAUUAUGCCUUUGAGAUGGCCGUUUCAAAUAUUAGAUAUGGAGCAGGAGUUACAAAGGAAGUGGGAAUGGACCUACAAAACAUGGGUGCUAAAAAUGUUUGUUUGAUGACAGACAAGAACCUCUCCCAGCUCCCUCCCGUACAAAUGGUUAUGGACUCCCUAGUGAAGAAUGGCAUAAGUUUUAAGGUUUAUGAUAAUGUGAGGGUGGAACCAACAGAUAGAAGCUUCAUGGAAGCAAUUGAAUUUGUCAAAAGGGGAGCUUUUGAUGCCUUCGUUGCUGUGGGUGGAGGCUCCACCAUGGACACCUGCAAAGCCGCUAAUCUGUAUGCAUCCAGCCCUCACUCUGAUUUCCUAGACUAUGUCAAUGCCCCCAUUGGGAAGGGAAAGCCUGUGUCUGUGCCUCUUAAGCCUCUGAUUGCAGUCCCAACUACCUCAGGAACUGGGAGUGAAACUACAGGAGUUGCCAUCUUUGACUAUGAACACUUGAAAGUAAAAACUGGCAUUGCUUCCCGAGCCAUCAAGCCCACACUGGGACUGAUCGAUCCCCUGCACACCCUGCACAUGCCUGACCGGGUGGUUGCCAACAGCGGCUUCGAUGUGCUUUGCCAUGCCCUGGAGUCCUACACUGCCCUCCCCUACCACAUGCGGAGCCCUUGCCCUUCAAAUCCUAUCACCCGGCCAGCAUACCAGGGCAGCAACCCAAUCAGUGACAUCUGGGCCGUCCACGCACUACGGAUCGUCGCUAAGUAUCUGAAAAGGGCUGUCAGAAAUCCUGACGAUCUUGAAGCAAGGUCUAAUAUGCACUUGGCAAGUGCUUUUGCUGGCAUUGGCUUUGGAAAUGCUGGUGUUCAUCUGUGCCAUGGAAUGUCUUACCCAAUUUCAGGCUUAGUGAAGACAUAUAAAGCAAAGGAUUAUAAUGUGGAUCACCCACUGGUGCCUCAUGGCCUUUCUGUGGUACUCACCUCCCCAGCAGUAUUCACUUUCACAGCACAGAUGUCUCCUGAACGGCACCUGGAAACGGCAGAGAUAUUGGGAGCUGACACCCGCACUGCCAGGAUCCCAGAUGCUGGGCCUAUUUUGGCAGACACACUCCGGAAAUUCUUAUUCGAUCUGGAUGUUGAUGAUGGCCUAGCUGCCAUUGGUUACUCCAAGGCCGAUAUCCCUGCAUUAGUGAAAGGAACGCUGCCCCAGGAAAGGGUCACCAAGCUUGCACCACGCCCUCAGUCAGAAGAGGAUCUGUCUGCUCUGUUUGAAGCUUCAAUGAAACUAUAUUAAUUUUCAUUCUCACUGAAAGAAUUACCACUGGCCAUCACAGUCCUAACAACAGAAGCCAAGCUAGCCAGAACGGUCUUUUCAACUCCACAUAAAACAUACCUGUUGCCAGUUUGGAUGUGAUACAAACUUAUCCUGCAAAAGAUUCCCUGUGCUCAAAGUCAAGCUACUUCCAUAAAACGGUGGGAAAAUGAUCACUAUGUCAGGCCUUGGGCUAGAUUUUAAGGAUCCAUGUUCCUGCCCCAAACCCCACAGAUUGCCACUGCUCUAUUUACCAAGUGGGCAAAAACUCAGUAUCUAUCAAAAACAUAAAUGUACAUGUCCUAUGCCCAGUAACCCCAGUCUAGAAAUUUAUCCUCUAGAAAUACUAGCACAAGCAUGUUAAGAAGUAUGUCAAGGAUGUUUCUGGCAGCACAUUUCCUAAUAAAAAAUACGAAAGAACCUAAAUAGUCACUAAUAGUAUAGAGAUAAAUCACAGUAUAUUAAAUAAUGGAAUGCUAUAGUGCUAUCAGUAAGAAUGAGAUAAAUCUAUUGGAAAAAUGCCUGUGAUAUACCACUAAACUGGAAAAAAGCAGAACAAUUAUAUCUUUGCAUGGUCUGACUUUUACUCACUAAAUUAUAUAUAAAUAUAUGUCUAGAGAGACAGAAAAGGAGACAUGUCAAAAUAUUAAAAAUUAUCACUGGAGAAAUGGAAUUUGGGGUACAGAGAAUUGA